AUGGUCCAGAUUCGACGCAUGAGGGCGCGCGUUAUGUACUGUAAGGACGUAUGCGACAUGCGCCGCAGUGAGAAGAAAAAUCGCCGCAAAAUCGAAAAUCACUUCCACAUUGAAACGUUCAACGGCGUCAUUACCAUUGGACCAAGUUCUGGGAACACAAUCAACUACGGACCAGAGGUGCGUCUCAAGCUGGAUGGGCCCCCAGAGUUGUAUCAUCAGAUUUGUGGCACGAUUAACGAUAGGAGGGAGAUAGUGUCGAUUCCGAUAAACGAACUCGAACAAUUCUGCGAUGGCAACGUCAUCUACUUCCGCAAAGGAUGCGUGGAGCUCACCCUGCGGGUCGGGAGCCAGAAAGGCCUGGAGAAACUCCUGGCCAUGUGCAAUAGCGGAGAUCUCAAGCAGCUCCUGGGCAGAGAGUUCCCAGUCAAUAGCCUGAGGGUGGUCGAGGAAGACAUCGUACAGGCGCGCAAAUUCUUUGAGGAGGAAAAGGCCAAAAUGAAGAAUGAGUUGAGAAAGAAGGUGCAAGAAUUUGAAGAUGCAGCUGGUGAGUAUGUUCGUUGCCGGGUGAAGAUGAUCGAGUUACUCAAAGACUUAGUGGAGUUAUGUACUCGACGCCAGAGACAAGCUGCGGCGGUCGGGGGAGUCGGCGCUGGAUUAGCUUUGUUAACAUUCGGCGCUUCGUCUCUUCUAUCAGCUGCUGCGGCAAGUGCCGCGGCCGGGAUUGUGGCUGGCAUCGUCCAAGCGGUCACCGCCAAAAUAUCCACAGAUGAAGCGAAGAUGAUCAUGGCCAAAGACAAGGUAGCAUGCGACAGAGUCCAGGAGACUCUGGAAAAGGUUGAUUUAAAAUUGAGGGAGUGGGAGGGCAAAGAAGAAGGGGUACUGAUUGGUUCCAUUCACGAUUUGGUCAGGGUGGAUGAGGUGAAUCUGAAAAGGGGAGUGGACGCAAUCGAGAAGAUUAAGGGCGAAGGCCGCGGGGAAUUCGUCCAGUUCGUGGUCCUUACAGUAGAUCUAGAUAGGAUCAUAGUGUACAUACAGGACAUGUUCCCUGGAGAUGUCUCCAGAUUGGCCAAAGAAAUUCAAGAGAUUGCUGACAAACUGGACUGUCCGAAUGAGACGUCAAUGAGGGAACGUGUCUCGAAAAUGAAAACACGGUUCCAACUUGACAACAACUAACAAUUGAAUCAAGUCGAGCGACAAGUUAUACCUUAGAACGUCUUCGUACAUUUUAUGUAAGAAAUGGUUCUCAUCAUACAAUUUGGUAGGAGCGGAUCCAUACAUCGGACGGGAAGGGCGAUAUAACAAUGUAGUCGUGUUGUGAAGUUAUAAUAACAAUGUUUGCCUCAAAAAUAUCCAACGAGUGGUUGACUAUGAAUAUCACGAGGUGAUGCAGUCUAAAAAUACUGUGUCAGUAAAUUCCAGGUCAUACUUGAACAUGUCACUUGUCUCGAUCAAAAUAACACUUCCGAUCAAAAUGACCGGAAAAUGACCAGGACAAGUGUCAUUUUGACCCGGAAAAGUGUCAUUUAGUUGGACCCAGAGAAGGGUCAUUUUGACCUGGAGAAGUGUCAUUUUGACCCGGAGACGAAUCAUUUAAUUUGAACUUAAGAAGUGUCAUUUUGACCCAGAGACUCGUCAUUUAAGUUUACUCGGAGAAGUGUCAUUUUGACCGAGGGAAGUGUCAUUUUGACCCAGAGGCGCGUCAUUUACUUUGACUCAGAGUAGUGUCGUUUCGACACGAAGAAGUGUCAUUUAAUUUAACUCGGAGAAGUGUCGUUUUGACCUAGAAAAGUUUCAUUUAAUUUGACUCAGAGAAGUGUCUUUUCGACCCGAAAAAGUGUCAUUUAAUUUGACUUGGAGAAGUGUCAUUUUGACCCGGAAAAUUGUCAGGGUCAACCGUCAAAUAUGACAGUUCCGGGUCGGAUUCGAUCCUAGAAUUUCUAGAGUGUACACCGCGGUACCUAGCCUUUGCCUGAUAAACCUUCUCCAAGGCAAGUUUUCAUUUUGU